AUGAAGCUUUCAUUGGCUCUUCUCGGAUUGAAUGCCAGCAUUGUCUCUGCUUCUCUACUAGAGAAAUGGUCAUCCAGAUUCCAUGCCUCGUCGCACGCGGUGGACAUGUUCAAUACUGCCAUUGAAUGGAACGACGGGUACUGGGACGACGAAGCCGGCUAUCUCAUCAGCACAGCCAGUAGUCCUGGACGCUAUGACAGUCGACACACAGCCUGGUAUGCACCUCAAUUGCUAGCUAGAAAUGGACCGGGCGACGUUGCAAAAGCCAUCCGCAUCUUCGACAAUGUGAUCUCUGGUCAAUAUCUUGAUCCAUCUAAGCAGUGGUAUGGAGAUUAUCAACAAGCGCCUUCGGAACCUCAGCCUGGGACACUGAUAUAUCCCGAUGAAGGUCCAUACGGCUCGUGGGAUCCGAAUAUUCGCGUCUUCGUAGGUUGUUCUUGGAUUGUGGCCUUGAAUGAUUACGGCCAUCUACUUCCACGAGCGACGGUAGCCAAAGUGGAGAAUUCCUUACACAUCGCAGCCAAGGGUGAUCUCUAUCGUGUUGGCGGUGUCGAUGGUGAUAACUCUUACCCCUGUUACUCCAAUCCCUGGUUGAUGCGAACCGUUUUCCACAACUGGGUUGGUGCCCGAGUUGGCGAUGCAAACUUGACCCAGUCUGGUGAAAUAUUUGCACAGGAAAUCUACGACCUCUGGAGUAUGCACCACACAUUGUCUGAAUUCAAUUCUCCCACAUACGCUGGCGUUGCCAUGUGGGCUCUAGCUCUCUGGAAUCAGUAUGCCACAAAGGGCAGUGUAUUGAAGGAGUAUGGACCGGAAAUGCUCAAGGCCAGCUGGAAUGAGCUCGCUCAGCUCUAUAACGCACAUCUAAAGAACCUUGCCGGUCCUUGGGAUCGCUCAUAUGGCUACGAUAUGAAGGAGUACGCAUCUCUCGUUGGCGCUGUUAUCUGGGGUGUCGUUGGCCGCAAGCAUGCGCCCGUCCCCCAGCAGAAUCUGGGGAUGUUCCAUCAAGACGAUUUUGCUUUUUACCCGCUCUUUGCCCUGUCGAUGUCUACAAUGGUGAAGACCCUUCCUGCAAAGGCAAAAGCAAGCUUGCUCAAAUUCCAGGGCGAGCAUAUUUUUACUUCGCAGGCUUUCUCGCCGCCGUUUGAUACCUAUCCUCGCAAUAUUUCCGCUUGGAUCUCCAAGGAUGUGACAAUUGGAGCUGAAGCGAUUGCUGAGAAAGUCAUCGGUGGUCCCGCUAAAAAUCCCGGUCAAUUUAGUCCUGCCGUCAUCCAGUGGGCUAUAGACGAGCAGAAAAUUGGCUGCAUUUCACACUGGGUCACAGAGGCAUCUAUUCAUGCCGUGGCCGCUCCUAGGUCUCUGCACAUCUCAUACCCGAAUGCGUCAUCUUCACACGGCCCUGUUUCUUUUAACUUCUUGUUCAGUGGUCUCACCAUCAACAACGGGUUCAAUGUGACUGGGCUGGAAGGUCUACCUGGUUUGAAAAUCAAGGUUGAGACAAAUGCACGACCGGAUCAUACGAUUACUUACGUCGGUUCUGACGGUGUCAACGAAUUUGCGUAUUACAACGUUACAUAUACGAUGCCGGAGACUUUCACUGGGGAACCAUUUGUGACCCUCCAGGUAGUGUGA